AUGAGAAUUUCGAUACUUAACUCUAUCUUGUGCCUUUCUAGUAUUGUAGUUGGCGUGAGACUGACUACUGCUACUAGCCCACUGACUGGCUGUCUACCAUCCAAUCCCCAGAUUGCAGACGUAGGUUUCAAUGUAUCAUUUUAUACGUACCCUUUUUCGAAUGAAACACUUAUGGUUGACUUGGAAUACAUGGCAGGUGGUUUUAAAUCAGUAGAAAAAUAUACUGGAGGGGUUCUGGGUGUGACCGAUAUCAACUUUUCUUUUCCAAACAGGGAACCUGGUGAAGGGGAUGUAUAUACCGAUAUUUAUGGUGUAACAACAAAUGUUCAAAAUUUUAUUAUGCAACUUGAAGGUUACUUUUAUGCUGACAUAGCUGGAGAUUAUACGUUCAACUUGAACACUGUCGAUGAUUCCUUAAUGCUUAAAUUUGGAGCAGAUCAAGCCUUUACAUGUUGUUCGACAAUUGAUCAAGAUAAAACUUCUAGCUAUACAUUAUUUGCUGCGUGGAACUCGAAAGCUGGAGCAGGUACCACCUCUAAAACCUACACUCUCGCCGUCGGUUUUUAUCCCAUGCUCAUGAACUAUUGCAAUAAAAAAAUUCCAGCUGGACUAAACCUAUCUAUCAACAAACCAGAUGGCAGUACGAUAUCUGAUUUUACAAAUAUAGUACAGUUUGAAGAUGAAAAAACUAGUUGCCCAGCCACAGUGACUACUACUAUUGCAUGGACUGGAACAGUUACCUCGACAACAACUCUCUCAGCAGGUGACCUUUCUACAGAAACUGUUGAAGUAUUGACACCUUCAGCUCCUGUCACCACUGUUACUUCGACCUGGACUGGUACUGACACUCAAACUACUACUGUCACUGCUUCAUCAGGAGGUACUGAUACUGUUAUUGUCGAAGUACCAACUCCUUCAGCUCCCGUCACCACUGUUACCUCGACCUGGACUGGUACUGACACUCAAACUACUACUGUCACUGCUUCAUCAGGAGGUACUGAUACUGUUAUUGUC